AUGCAUCGCUGUCCCCGGCCUUACAAGUUACAAGCUCGCAACUAUCUCCACGAACUCGCCUUAUUAGCUCUUCCCCGCAGUCCAAAACAACCGCCUCUCACUCACAGAGUCUCGCUGUAUUCGAAAAGGGCAUCCUCGUACUCGGUCGUGAAAUGUUUUGGGCUGUUGUGGAACGAAAGGAGUUCGUCCCAUGAGUUCACUUUUGCUAUUGCAUUGUCUGCCAUGUGCAAGACUGGUCAAUGUCUUAUUGGUAUCUUUGUUAAUAUUAAUCAAGUGAAUGAAGCUCGAACAGUAUUUGAGGCAGCAGUGGACAUGGCGGAUCGCUGA